AUGUACUUCUCCAAAACCGCCGCCGCGCUGGCUGCGCUGCUGCCCUUGGCCACCGCGCAGACCUAUUCGGACUGUGACCCUCUUAACAAGACCUGCCCUGCUGAUACGGCCCUGAGCUCCACCACCUUCACCACUGACUUCACCUCUGGCUCAUUCGGUGGAUGGAUUGCUACCGCCAACAAUGUCACCUUUACCGAUGAGGGUGCCAACUUCAUCAUCAGCGAGAAGGGUGAAGCUCCUACCAUUGAGACCGACUUCUACUUCUUCUUCGGCAAGGCUGAGGUUGUCAUGAAGGCUGCCAGCGGUACCGGUAUCUGCAGCAGUAUCGUCCUUGAGUCGGACGAUCUCGACGAGAUCGACUGGGAAGCUCUCGGUGGUGACACCACUCAGAUUGAGACCAACUACUUCGGCAAGGGUGACACCUCCUCCUACGACCGUGCUACUUGGGCAACUGUGUCGACCCCCCAGGAGACCUUCCACACUUACACCGUUGAGUGGACUGAAUCCGCCACUACCUGGAGCAUCGACGGCACUGUCGUGCGCACCCUUGCCUACAGCGAUGCUCAGAGCGGUACUCGCUACCCCCAGACUCCCAUGCGCCUGAAGCUUGGUAUCUGGGCUGCUGGUGACUCCUCCGAGCCCGAGGGCACCAUCGAGUGGGCCGGUGGUGAGACUGACUACUCCGACGGUCCCUUCACCAUGACUGUCCAGUCGGUCUCCAUCACCAACUACAACCCCGGCUCCUCUUACACCUACUCCGACAACUCUGGCGACUACACCAGCAUUGUCGUCAACAACGGCACCUCCAGCUCUACCACUGGUUCCACCACCAGCUCUAGCUCCGCCUCCACCUCCACCUCCAGCACCAGCUCUAACACUGGCUCUACCUCCAGCACCAGCUCUAACACUGGCUCCGGCUCCGGCUCCAGCACCAGCGCCUCCAGCGCCGCCGCCGCCGGCUCCUCCUCUGCCCUGAUUGGCUCUGGCUCCUCCAGCAGCGGUUCCUCCGCCUCUGCCUCGGGCUCCGCCUCUGCUUCCUCCAGCGCCAGCGCCAGUGCCUCUCCCCUCUACACCGGUGCUGCCACCCAGGUCGGCGCCUCCACCAGCCUUCUCUUCGCUGGUCUCCUCGCCGCCCUCUUGUAA